GAAGUGGGAGAACUUUUUUUUUAAAAAGUGUUGGACAUUUUUGACGGAGCCGUGACUUAAAGCUGGGAAGUUAGCCUGUAAGAAUUAGUAGGUGAGAACUUUUCGAAGCCCUCGCUCGCGAUCCGGUCGGCCCAUGAAGGACUCGUUCGCGUCCACGCUUCUGUAAGAAUACACGCGCGCAGGUAUGUCAUUGGACUCCGAUAAUUAACAAAUUCUUUUUUUUCAUGCCGGCGUGCCGUGGCUUUAGUGAGACAGAGAAUUUUCCCAAGUUUGGUUCCCACCUUAACCCUCGGGGGGAAUUCAGAAGGGAGGUAUCUUAAUUGCCAGGGUGAAUGUAGUUUGACUUGAUUUACAAUCCGGUGUUUACAGUAAUCAAGGCUCCGGCAACUAACAGAACACAGACUCUUCAAUCUCUUUCUUCGUCCCGUAUAUUUGAUUUUAUUUUAUUCGGAUUUUUCCCCCGGCGUUUAAAGAUGUACAGCAUGAUGGAACAUGAGAUAAAAUCGACAGGACCCCCGCCACCCCAUCAACACGGUUCUGGGAUGUCCCCAGUUGGAAACGGCGUGGGGGCCACUCACCCUGGGACCAAGGGGACGUGUCCCCCAGGCGGAGACCCUAUGGACAAAGUAAAGCGACCUAUGAAUGCCUUCAUGGUUUGGUCCCGUGGCCAGAGACGCAAGAUGGCACAGGAGAACCCCAAAAUGCACAACUCGGAGAUAAGCAAAAGACUUGGUGCCGAGUGGAAGCUUUUAACAGACGCGGAGAAGCGGCCAUUUAUCGACGAAGCCAAGCGGCUGCGAGCACUACACAUGAAGGAGUAUCCCGACUACAAAUACAAACCCCGGCGCAAGAACAAGCCGCUCCUGAAGAAGGACAACGCCGCCGGCAAAUACCCGCUCUCCGCCGGCAAUCUUCUGGCUGCGGCGGCGGCUGCGCAAGGACCCGGGGGGAGCCCUCGCAUGGACAGCUACGGAUGGGGCCCCACUGGGGGGUACGCGGGCAUGCAGAGUGAGGCGCUGGGUUACACUCAGCAGCUCCACCGAUAUGACCUGUCAGCUCUGCAGUACCCCCCUGGCAUGGCCCCCUCGCAGACCUACAUGAACGGCGCUAAUUCGUACAGCUCCAUGUCAUACGGAGGGAGCGCCCAGCAAGCCAGCUCUGUGAUGUCAAUGGUCAAACCUGAGCCAGUGUCACACUCUCCAACUGGGGCCCCUAGCCACCACCGAGGGGGUCUGCAAGGAGACCUGCGUGACAUGAUCAGCAUGUACAUCCCCAGCAAUGACACAGCCGACCCAUCUGGACAAAGAGGCUAUGCCAGCGUCCAGCAACAUUACCUCAAUGGGACUGUGCCCUUGACGCACAUCUGACCACUCUCACCAUGGAAGUAACCUGAAAGAAAGAGAGAGAAACAAAUGGAAAGACUUCUCUGUACAGAACGUAUGAAGGAGCACUGUAAAUAGUCUACUUUUUAUUUUUGGAAACAGUACAAACGUUUUUUUCCUUGGUUUAAGGAAAACCCACAUUUUGUGUAAUAAUAAAAAAAUAUUAAUGAUAAUAAUAAUAAUAUUAAUGAUGACCAUAAUAAUAAUAACAAUCAUAAUUAAAAGGACAUACUUUUGAAAGACAAAAACACUCAACCCUUUAUAAAAAUUAAGGAAUAAAAUAUUACAUUUCUCGGUAAAUGUUUCUUUGGUACCAUGUCCUCUCCAGCCUUUAGAAAACUAGAGAAGUAAAACUGAACACUAGGAGCAAGUGGAGAAGGAAGUGAAGCCAAACUAACAGCAGAGAACUGAUGCAAAACAUGUAUAUACUAUGCCAAAGGGAUUAGGUGUAGAAAUGCGGCUUGAACUCCUCUUUAUAUUCAUAAAAUUCUAACUGCCUCUCAGUUCCAUAACUCCAAGAACUUGUUGCUUCCAUGCACAUUAGAAAGUUGUGCGAGGAUGUUACAUUAUGGACAUUGCAUCCCCAACAGGUCCUUUUUGGUUGGAAGCUUCUGAGAUGCACUAAUGGAAACAGAACGGUCCAUUCUAGAUCCUGGGGUGAGGGUGUGAAUGGAAAACUGCAGGCUCUCAUCCUACAGAGGACAUCAUAAUGUGCGUGUACUUAUUGGUACUUAUACGCAGUAAGUGAGGAGAAGUGAUGGCAUGUUGGACAAGCAUGUCAGGGCUGAAUACUUUAGAUACAAAUACAUGUAGUGUAUGCAUAUAUGUACAUAUGUGUGUAUUCAUACACGUGUGUAUAUUCAUAUCUAAAUAUACAUUCUCUAUAUACACAUACUGUAAAUAUAUUUGUACAUAUGUGUGUAUUCAUAUAUAAAUAUAGUAUAUGCAUAUGUAAAUAUAUUUACUGCAUACAUGUAUGUAUUCAUAUAUAUGUAUACUGUAUAUGUGUGUGUGUUUAUAUAUAUAUAUAUAUAUAUAUAUAUGCAUACAGUAUAUAUGAGAGAACAGAAGGCCAAAAAUAUUGUUUGUUAAUCAAAUACCAUCACAAUUAAGCAGCUCUGUUUUAUUUUAUUUUAACACAAGCCCUCUAUCUAUCUAUCUAUCUAUCUAUCUAUCUAUCUAUCUAUCUAUCUAUCUAUCUAUCUAUCUAUCUAUCUAUCUAUCUAUCUAUCUAUCUAUCUAUCUAUCUUUACACACAUUUCAAAUAUAUAGGAGUGCAUAUACAUACUGUAUAUAUAUACACAUUUGAAAUAGAUGUUCUACAUACAUUUAGAUACAGGUUUUUAUCCACAGUCCAUCACUCUUUUCCCACUUGACUGCUCAUGAUGUCAGUUUCUGCUCUCAAAGGUCUCCAUUACAAUUGAUACAGAGGUUCAUUUGUUUUCAUUUAAUGUAAAGUAUUGAUUUCACACAUUUAUAUCCCCAAGAUAUCAAUAUUUUAAAGAUAAGUGUGCAAAUGCUUGCUCAGUUAACAAUUCUCUAAAAAAAGAUGUAAAAACCUCUUUAUAGUAUACUGUGAUUUCUAAGAUGUACUUUCAGAAAUGCUACUAAUAAAGUGAUACACAUUGUUGAAGCCACAUUUUAGUAAACAUUUCACAGCCUGCUUCUUUAUGUCUCCCAGAAGAAUAAGAAAUAAAUCAAUCAAGCAGGUCAAAACGCUGUGAUUUUUUUAUGUUUAUUUUUUUUUUUACAAAAUGCAUUAAACGCUUAUGUUUAUAUUGCAAAACCACCAUCAAUGUGACACUGUAAAUUAUAGUUUGUGUUUGAAUUUUUAGCGUGCUUUUGGUUUGAUUUGUGUUUUGUGUAUAUAGUCUGAAGGAAUGGGCUGGAGAUAAUGUUGUACAGAAUAUUAAAAAAAAAUUAAAAAAAAAGCAAAACAAAAAAGCAAAGCCCUUACAGUAAGGGCCCAGGGUUUAAAAACAAUAAAAUAAAAGAACAUUUUUAAAGUUUGUA